UUUCGGUUCGUACAAAAACAAUGUUCUUUUUGAUCCUAGUAGUGGCUGGGAGCCUGCUGCUGCACUGGCUCUACAAGCUCAACAAGGACUACUAUGUCAUGGCCUUCUUUGCCAAGAGGCUUUACACAAAGGAUGGGCGUUCUGCGGAGAGCAUUUCACCCGUAGCCCCGGGUAAAACGAUAUUCGGCAAUACCCUGGACUUGUAUGGCUGUGAUAAUGCUAGCGUAUUUAAGCUUUCGCGAGACCUAGCCAAAGAAAUGGGCGAAAGCUUCGUUGAAUAUGACUUGGGUACACCGGUAUACAAUGUUAUUGAUGCGGAAAUUGCGGAGAAUGUUAUGAAUCAUCCGAACCUUAUAACCAAAGGACUGUUUUACAAAUUUCUAUAUCCUUUCCUGAGGACUGGCCUUUUGACUUCAACAGGCAAGAAGUGGCAUUCCCGAAGGAAGAUGCUUACCCCCACGUUCCAUUUUAAUAUAUUAAAUCAGUUCCAGGAGAUUUUCAAAACGGAGAGUCAGAAGUUCUUACAGCAAUUUAGGGGUAAAGAUGAGGCCACUAUUGUUUUGAAUGAUGUCAUUCCCAGAUUUACGCUCAACAGCAUUUGCGAGACUGCCAUGGGCGUCAAAUUAGACGAAAUGGCAGAGAAGGGCGAUCGUUACCGGGAGAGUUUCAGUCAAAUUGAGGCAUGCUUCACCAGGAGAUUGAGUAACCCCUUUUUGUGGGGAGACUGGCUCUUCAACUUGCUGGCCGCCAAGGAUUAUGCCGCUGCCUUGAAUGUGGUUCAUGGCUUUUCUAGUGAAAUCAUUGCCAAGCGAAGGCUCUUACUGAAGGAUGAAUUGGAAAAUCUUAAAGAAGCUCAGUCGAAUGAUGAUGAUGUAUUCACCACCAAGAAACGCUUUGCCAUGCUGGACACCUUGAUUUAUGCUGAGAAGGAUGGCCUAAUCGAUCACAUAGGCAUUUGCGAGGAGGUGGACACCCUCAUGUUUGAGGGCUACGAUACCACCUCGAUUGGCCUUAUUUUUGGUCUGAUGAAUAUGGGUCUGUAUGCCGACAAGCAGGAGGAAUGCUACCAGGAGAUACAGGAGCAUAUAUCAGAUGACUUGAGCAACUUGGACAUUGGUCAGCUGAACAAAUUAAAAUACUUGGAUUACUUUAUGAAGGAGACCGUCCGUCUGUUACCUUCCGUUCCCGUAAUGGGUCGUGAAGCUGUCCAGGACACAGAGCUGGCCAAUGGUCUGGUCUUACCCAAGGGCUCUCAGAUCGCUUUAAAUGUCUUUGACAUACAUAGGAAUGUUAAGUACUGGGAUUCUCCUGAUGAAUUUCGACCAGAGAGAUUCCUGCCUGAGAAUUGCCAGAAUCGUCACACCUACGCCUAUGUCCCAUUCAGUGCUGGUCAAAGGAAUUGCAUUGGUCAAAAGUAUGCCAUGCAGGAAAUGAAGACCCUGCUGGUGGUCAUCCUCAAAGAGUUUAAGAUCCUGCCAGUCACAGAUCCGAAGACCAUUAUCUUUACCGCUGGCAUUACUCUGCGCACUCAGAACAAAAUUCAAGUGAAGCUCGUGAGAAGAAAGUGAAUCGAACUCGACAUUUAAAGCAACUCUGUUAAUCGUGGAAAUACAAAGUAAAUUCUCAGGCAUAAA